CCGUAGCAAAAGUGGCCAGACUUGUGACUGAAUUUGUACAGCCGAACUUUAGCCCGUAUUCAUUUGACUUUUUAUGACAUAAUGACACUUUAAUCCGUCGGUCUAGUUUAACUUGCACACCAAGAAGAUAUAAAUCGGUUUAAUGUGAUGUUUACACAUUUUCACCGGACGUAGUGUGUCGGCUAAUUUAGCUUGCCAUGCUAGCUCGCGCAGAACAUUAUCGACAUCAUUCCUCGUCGGAUCGUUGAGCCAGUUGAAAUACUGCUCACACUCCGGUGAGUUUGUGUCAUUAAAGUGGUUUGGGUUUAUUCGACAAAGUCCACGAUGUCGAUACAGUUCGAAGAGCCAGAGUUAACCGGGAGUUACGAUAUCGUAGGCUCGUUCCCCAAAAGUUUUGGAUACGGGCUGGAGGAAGCAGACAUGGAGGAGAGCCCCGUGUCAGCUGACCAGCCGAGGAUCCUGCUGAUGGGACGGAGGCGCAGCGGAAAGUCGUCCAUUCAGAAGGUGGUUUUCCACAAAAUGUCACCGAAUGAGACUUUGUUUCUGGAGAGCACCAACAAAAUUUGCAAGGAUGACAUCUCCAGCAGCUCCUUUAUCAACUUCCAAAUCUGGGACUUUCCAGGCCAAGUGGAUUUCUGUGACCCUACGUUUGACAGUGAGAUGAUCUUCAAUGGAACAGGCGCAUUGAUCUUUGUCAUUGACGCUCAGGAUGAUUACAUGGAGGCUCUUGAAAAGCUGCAAGUGACGGUGUCAAGAGCCUACAAAGUCAAACCUGAUAUCAACUUUGAGGUGUUCAUCCAUAAAGUUGACGGCCUUUCCGACGAUCACAAAAUAGAAACACAAAGAGACAUUCAUCAGCGGGCCAACGAUGACCUCGCGGACGCCAGUCUCGAGAAAGUUCACCUCAGCUUCUACUUGACCAGCAUCUACGACCACUCCAUUUUCGAGGCCUUCAGCAAAGUAGUCCAGAAGCUCAUCCCUCAAUUGCCAACUUUGGAGAACCUCCUAAACAUUUUCAUAUCUCAUUCCGGGAUCGAGAAGGCCUUCCUGUUUGAUGUCGUCAGCAAGAUUUACAUCGCCACAGACAGCUCUCCUGUGGACAUGCAGUGUUAUGAGCUCUGCUGCGACAUGAUCGAUGUUGUCAUUGACGUCUCGUGCAUUUACGGGCUGCUGGACGAUGGCAGCGGCUGUGCCUACGACAAGGAGUCUUUGGCCAUCAUCAAGCUGAACAACACCACCGUGCUUUAUUUGAAACAGGUCACAAAGUUCCUCGCGCUCGUUUGUAUCCUCAGAGAGGAGAGUUUUGAGAGGAAAGGUCUCAUCGAGUACAAUUUUCACUGUUUCCGAAACGCCAUCCACGAGGUGUUUGAAGUUGCUGCAGCCAACCAAAGUGGCGUCUUGAAGGGAUCAGACUCGUCCAGCGGCAGCCCGAAAUUUGCUGCGCUAAAUGGGAACGGCCUCUAAACGCAAUAGCAAAAAUGCUAUGACCUCCCCGUUUUUGUUGCCUUGUUUAGUGCCACGGUGGGGGAGGCAGGUUUGUCAAAAUUCCAGGGUAUGCAUCCAUGGCAUAUGGUCUCCCAUGUUAUGUACAAUUCAUCGCUUUGAAGAUGCUGUCAGCUUUGUGUACCUACUCAGCCGGUUUGUUGCGCAGCGCGACAUAUUUGGAGGGGCUUCCCAUUGCGCUCGGCUUUGUUUGUUCUUGUCUCUCUUUGAAAUAGUUAACCUGAAGGGGGUUCACACACUCUGCGUUUCCCUGGAUGCUAUGUCCUAAUAAUACAGGGGCUUUACAUUUUUCGAAGGCCAAAUAGAAAAUUCCAAAGGCCAUGAUUAUUUUUUUUUUUACUGUACAUAGCUUCUUUUAAUAAAAACAUUUCUAUUUUGUUGAUUGAAGGUGAUCUUCUGAUUUUGCUUUUAUUCUUAUUUGAUUAUUGCUGAUGCUCAUUGGAAAAAUAAAUUUGAGACCAAAAUUGUACAUGUAUUACAUUACAUGGAAAUAGUUGCAGCCUUUUCUUAGCUCUCGAGAGUGGACAAGGUUAGGCUUUAUCUCAGGUUGCUGAAAGUGAGUACACUGAUCGCAGUUUUGGUCAAUAUUACGUCUUUUCAUUCAACAAUGCUGUAGAAAUCACACUGCUACAUGGUAAAGUAGUUCAUGUACAGUUUGUAUAUCUGUACUGUAAAUCUACUGUGCCCUCAAAAUAACUCCACACAACCGUUGACAGUGAAAUAACCGGCAACAAAAGUGAGUAAACCCGUAAGUGAAACGGUCCAAAUUGUGCUCAGAGUCAAUAAUUAGUUUGGCGACCAUUUUUUUUCCCUCCCCCAACACUGCAGCAUCCCUUUUGGUCAUGGAUUUCGCCAGAGAUUCGCAAGCCACUGGAACCCGAUGAGACUUCUCCAGAAUGACCUCAUGGGGCAACACACACUCGGUCAGGGUGGAA